CUUAUUCAUGUGUCAUAAUAAUUCAGACAACUUAAUUUUGAGUCAUGCAACGAUUACUACAGGCGCUUGUUGCUUUUAUUCUAACAACAACUUGUGCCACGCAACGUGGUGAAAACGUACAAUGCAACAACAACAUUUAUCGUGGAGGAAAAGAUCGUUUCUCUCAACAUAUCGUCGUUGGAAGGGAUUAUUUUGGAGGAACGAAGACAAUCUGCCAUUGUGAUGCUGAAAACGCACGAAGAAUAAUGGCGAAAAGCAUUUUAUCAGGCAAACGAGAUUAUGUCGUAAAGGUGAGACCAAACCUCUGGCGAAAGAGAACGUUAGAAGAGAAGACACAGGAAGGAGGAAUAUUACACCAAGAUGAAACAAACACAAGACACCUGAUUUUCUCCCAGGGAUGUUGUAAGAUUGAUUGCUCUGGCCAAACUAAACUUUACAGUUAUCCAGUUACACUACGGCUUCUUGAUGAAGUAUACACACGAGAGCUGGCCGAUCCAAACAGCCAAAGAUUUCAAAGUUUAAAGAACGAGUUGAUUCAAACUUUGAGUAAGGAGCUGGAACACGUGAAAGGAAUCCAGUCAAUUGAUAUUUCCGAAUUCAGGCCUGGCAGUAUUUUGGUUAAGAUCAUAAUUCUCAUGGCUGCACCAAGUGGGAACGAAGCAAUUAUUGAUCAUUUUUUAAAUAUGAAAAAACUGGGAAAUCGAAGAGUCCAGGUUAUUACAACAGGUAAUAUAACGACCGUUAUGACUUAA